AUGUCAACUACAACACAACAAACAGGUAAACCAACAAUUUUAUCACCAGUUAGAUUGUUUGAAAAGUUAUCAACUAUCAACCAAGAUCAACAAGGUAAUACACCAACACCUUCUAUGGGAAUGCUCUGCUUAUUAAAUGGCAUGAGAGCAAUUGGUAAAAAUAACGAAACAGCCGGUAAAAACUUGACUAGAGCCUUAGCUGAAGCCGAAAAAUCCAAAGACCAAGAAGAAAUGGCUGUUGCAUUAUUAGGUUUAGGUUAUUUUUAUACAACCACAAACGAAUUCGAUAAAUCUAUUCAACUUUAUAAAGGCUCUUUUGAAAUUUGGAAGAAAAUACACGGUGAAAACAAUUUAAAACUUGCAGAUCUCAUUUUAGAUAUCGCCAAAAUCUAUCAAAUUUUAAAUAAUGAAUCAGAUUUCAAGAAAACCAUAGAUACAUAUCAAGAGUUAUAUAAAAAAAAUAAUCAACCAGUUCCAAAAAUUGUAUAA